AUGGAUGUUCAGAAUAUGACAAUUACCAACUACCUACAGCUUUUGGGUCCACUACGGCUGACUUACCACCUGAACGAUGAUAUUACAUUUGGAGGAGAUACCAGUGCAAAUAACCAAGAGCAGAAUGGAAAUAUAACAUCAAAGGAUGAAAUUGAUGAAACAUUGGCAUCAGAGAAGGUUGAAAAAGUAAAGGUUAAAUCAGCAGUUUGUGAUGAUGAAGGUACGGGUAAAUCUGUUGACAUUGAUGAAAAUUAGGAUAGUGAUGAUGAGGGAAAAUUUUUAGAAUGUCGAAAAAUGCUCCUGACCUUUGCAAAUCAAAGGUCAAAAUUGUCCAAGGAAAGGCAAGAUGACAUUGGAGGAAGCUAUUGCCGAUUCUCAAAAGUUGACUGAUUUCAUGUUAGACUUCGAUCAAGAUAAGGAUCUUGGAACGUAAUUUUACAAGGGGCCAAAGAAACAAGAAAGAGAAGUUGGAAGGGUAAAAAUAGAGCUAAUAUAAAUCAUCUGUUGCUAAUGUAGUUGCUGCUAUGUAACUGAUAUAAACAUCCCUCGUAUAAGGAUGGACCAACAUCCAAACCUGAAAGAAGAAAAAAUAAAAUGACUCAACGCCAACGGGCGCGCAUGAUUCCCAUCUAGUUUUUGUUUAUUUAUUAUUAUUGUUGUGUAGCAUUGUUGUAAAGGGGUUAAAUGAGAUUUAAAUACAAAUUAAAAUUUACUUGACUACUUCACUUCUGGAGUUUCAGUAAUAAUGUCAAAGGUUUGUGG